AUGGACCCGGCGAGGCCAGCAGGCGCACGGGCGGCCGGUGGAGGUCGCGGGGCAUGCGCGGCCAACGGCCAGCGGCGACGCCAGGAGAGGGGCGAGGCCAUGGCCGAGGUGGCCGGAGUAGGGGAGGCGGUGGCCCAACGCGAGGUGGCCGUGGACGCGGCGGAGCGAUGCAACGGUGGGGUUAGGGCGGCGAAGGAGGAGCCGGGCGCGCGGGUCGCGGACAUCACGGGGGGGGGGGCUGCGAGGCGGAGUGCGGCGGCAAGCAGCAGUGGAGGCGGGGCGCACAGCCGGAGCGGAGCGGUAGCCGCGGCAGGGCAGACAGCAGGCGCAGCCGGGCGCGGCCAGCUGGGCGAGCGCGGGCAGGCGGAUGCGGGCGAGGCGAGCCGCGACCGCGGCACGAAGCAGCAGGGGGGCGGCACGCGCAUGGGUGGGCGCGGUGGUGUGCGGCUACAGGGGGAAGGCAGCAGCAGCGGUAGUUGUUGCGGGCACCGCAUAGCGAUGGGCGGGGGCGUCAGGGGCGGCCGGCACGGGUGA